AUGGAUACUCUGCAUCAGCUUCCAAAGCUACGGCCCUUGGGGCGUUCCGAGCAACUUUCGGCUGUCUCCCAUGAACUCGGCUUUUUCCAGAAUGUGGGAAUGUCUGCACAGUACUCCCUCACCAAAUCCUCAGACGCACUAGAUGUGCGCCGCGUCGUCUACGCCGCUUUGGCGCACGUAAUUCACAAGCACUCCAUCUUGUCUGCCAUCCCCGUCGAUGAAGUCUCCCCAGACGUCUACUGGGCCCGUCUUCCCUCGAUCGAUCUCGAGCGCUGCGUCACCUUCCUGACUCGAAGUAAGCCAACGGCAGAAGGCGAGGAAGAUUCUGAGCUGGACAAACUUCUCCAAGAACAGCACAAUACCAGUUUCAAGGAGAAUUACGGCAGUCUGCCAUUCUGGCGCUUGCUCAUCGUCCAGGAUGCUGGCAACGAGUUGAGCUUCACUGCCUCCUUCAUUUACUACCACGGCUCGGGCGACGGUGCUGCAGGACUCAUCUUCCACAAAGCCUUGCGGGCUGCUCUGGACACUGUUUCCUCAUCUCCUGCCUCGCUUGCCGAUGUGAGUGCAAAGGUGGACAUUCCAAACGACACCCAACUUCUCCCGCCUCUGGAAAAGCUGCAUCCAUUGCCGCUGAACCCGAGUCCAUCCAACCACAAGAAAGAGGGCCUCGAGGAAUGGACCGGAAAUCCGAUUCAACUACCGGCCACCACUCACUAUCGGACGCUGAACAUCUCGCCGGCUUCCUCUGCAACAUUUUCACGCACAUGCAAGGAGAACAAUUUGAGGUUGACGUCGGGAUUGCAUGCCAUUAUUGCAGAGGCUCUGUUUGAUAACCUCCCUUCCACCGUGGAUGCACUUACAGGCAUCCUCCCAAUCAACCUGAGACCAUGGCUCAACCUACCAAAAGAUGUCGCAGACGACGCGCUGGGCACCUUCAUCGACGCCAUCAAAAUCCAGAUGCGCCGUGCCGAUUACGUGGCCACUGAUGAAACCCCGAUUGCCGGGUUGGCUGCCGCCCGUCACGCCUCAGAGGAGAUUCAAUCCUAUCUCAAAGACCACAUGUCUCCUUCUGGAGAGCCGUAUACGUCUGUGGCGUUUUACGGUGGCAUUCCUGAUGUGGCUGCCGCGUUCAAGUCUAUGGUGGGUGGCAAUCGUGAAGCAGCUUUCGAGGUCUCCAACCUCGGUCGGUUCAUGGACAAUGCAGCCGAUGGCCAGUGGCGUAUCGGGAGAAUGGUCUUUAGUCGCAGUGCAGUCGUUUUUGGAGCUGCGGUUACAACGAGCGUUGUCUCUGGUGGAGACGGGGCGUUGACUGUUGGAUUCAGUUGGCAAGAAGGUGUUGUGGAUGACAGCUUUGUAGACGCUGUGAUUGGAAGAGUCAAGUUCUACCUCAAUGCCAGCCCCCCCUAA